CUAUAAAAGAACCGGUUCACCGUAGAAAUAACAUUCAGAAUUUGAGAUAAGCACUGAAGACGAGUUCACCACAUCCAAGAAACAUGAAGACCUCCACCCUCCUGUGUCUUUGUUUCUUAGGCUUCAGUCUGGCCGUGGAGGACGUGUAUGAACAUCUGUGGGAGAAGAAUAAAGACAUCGCCAGUGCGACAAUUGAGUCGGACUUCCUCAGACAAAUGGAGAACGGCAGCCUGCAGGCGGAGCGAUACGUCAACUUCACCAUCCAAGACAUCGGCUAUCUACUCAAAGUUACCAAGAUGCUGAAGAGAAUGAGUGCAAAAGUAGCUCUGCCCGAGGACAUCAAGACCUUCAUGGAAGGCAGAUACUCCAGCUACAAAAGUUUCGCAGACUUCAUGCUCAAACAAUACUUUUUCAAGGGUGAGCCUCCCAUUCAGGAAACUCCAGCUAUGAAGCAGUAUCUCUCGUACUACAGACACCUGAUGAUGAAUGAAGACCCGCUGUACUUCGCUGUGGGUCUUCUGCCCUGCUCCAGACUCUGGCUUUGGCUGGCGGAUAAUCUCAGCACUCCUCCAACCAAUGCCUACUACACCUGGAAGGUGGAGAAUAUGGAAGGCAAUCCCGAGAAACACUACAAAGCUCUGCUGAACAAGCAUCUGAACACAACCGCGAAGGUGCAGAAGGCUAAUGUUGUUUUCCGCGCUCAGAUGCAGCACGAGCGCGAUUUCUUCUACUCGUCUUGAGAAAGAAAUGUCGGCGAGACAGUCAAAUAUUUUUUAAAUAUUGAUGGAUGUAUUUGGUGAUAUAUUUAUAAGGUAUGUGCAAUACAAAUAUUUAAUUAUUUAAAAUGUACUUAAUACUUUAUCCAGGCCUAAUGCAAUCUUGAACAACUGUAGAUGUCCACAGCCUAUCUAAACAGAAAUGUAAUUUUAGUCUGUUGUUUCUGAAUAUCCAGUGUCAUUACCCAUCAACAAUAAAAAUAUCUGCUAAUAAAAA